AAUUCAAGAACGCUGUCAUUCGUCUGAUUUCUUUUGGUUGGAAAGGUGAUAUUUGGUUAGGCAUAUACGGCUAGACAGAAUGGCUUUCAAAUUUUUUGCACUGUGCGCUGUGUUUGCCGUAGCAAAUGCCGGUUUACAACAACCAAUAAACCCAGUCUACCAUGCAGCACCGAUCAAUUUCGCACAGCCAGCUCUUUUCAAGCCACAACCACAACAGACAGUGUACGCACAGCCAGCUUUAAUCAAAACAGUUCAGCAACCAGCGAUUCUUAAAACCUAUGCCCAGCCUGCGAUCGUCAAAAAUUACGUACAACCAGCCGUGGUAAAAAGUUACGCACAGCCUGCACUCGUAAAGAGCUAUGCCCAGCCCACCUACGUCAAGCAAGUCGAAGAGUAUGCACCAGCUAACUAUGAAUUCUCGUACUCCGUGCACGAUUCGCACACUGGAGAUGUGAAAAGUCAGCACGAGACACGCCACGGUGACCAGGUGCAGGGCCAAUACAGUUUGCUGGAUGCCGAUGGUCAUCAGCGCAUUGUGGAUUACACUGCUGACGACCAUAAUGGAUUCAACGCUGUUGUACGCCGCGAACCAGCCAAUGUUAAAGUCGCUCAACCCGUUCAGAAGGUUAUAGCUCAGCCACUUUACACUGGACAUUACUAAAGUAAAAAAGACUUGACAAAUGUGUAAUAAGUUAAUGGAUGGAAUAAUAGUUCAAAAUAUCAAAUGUUAAAAUAAACUGAUAAUUGUUAUAUUUCA